UUUCAUAUUUUUUUUCAGGAGUGUAAUAGUAUUAUUAUUAGUACCAAGAUUUUUAUUGGUCUUCAAUUUGCAGCAAAUAUUCAAAAGUUAAAAACAGGUUGUUGUCAAUGUCAUCUUCAUCAUCAUUAUCGUCGAAUUCACCAUGUGCAGCUUGCAAAUUCCUUCGUAGGAAAUGCCAGCCAGAGUGUGUUUUUGCUCCUUAUUUCCCUCCUGACCAACCACAAAAAUUUGCGAAUGUUCAUAAGGUGUUUGGGGCUAGUAACGUGACCAAAUUGCUUAACGAAUUACAGCCUCAUCAACGCGAAGACGCUGUAAAUUCGUUAGCAUAUGAAGCUGAUAUGCGUCUUCGUGACCCUGUCUAUGGUUGUGUUGGUGUUAUUUCACUUCUUCAACAUCAACUUAGGCAACUACAAAUGGACCUUAGUUGUGCUAAAUCUGAACUUUCUAAGUACCAAAACCUAGGAGGUAUUGCUAGUACUACAACUCAUGGACUCUUAGCAGCUGCAGCGGCUGCAGCUGCAACCACAGCUCACCACCAUCAUCACCAGCAGUUCAACUUCAUGUCUGGAGGUGGUGGUGGUGGAGGUGGCGGGAGGGAUCAUUCCCAUCACUUGUACCACCAUCAUCAGUUUUUUCCAAGAGAUCAACAACAACACCAACAACACCAACACAUGAUUCGAGCAUUCGAAGGUCAUGGAAGCAACAACUUCGAUGCAAGUAGCCUUAUUAUAGGCCAGCUUAGGGCUGCUGGAGCUGAUGGACACCGAACACCGGUGGAUCCAUCUUAGUUACUUUAGGUUAUAUAUGACUUAUUUAAGUUCAUGAGCUGCAAAAAACAUUACUACAACAUUAAGCAUGAUGAUUAUGAUGGCUAAUACUUGUUAAUUAGCCCAUGCAUUAGAGUUAAUUUUCUAUUAUAACUAUUUUUGAGAGACCAAAUUUAUGUUCUAUUAUAAUGUUAAUGAUUUUGUGAGUGUUAUUGAUCUAAUAUUUUAUCACUA